UGCCAAAUUAGGAUUUCACAAACACGUCCUCUCCAUCAUGACCUCCUCUUCCUUCUUCUUCCUAACCUUGCCCCCACAAUCAUGUCCUUGGACCCUUCGUCUUCCUCAUUUCUUCCUCAUCUUCUUCUACCAUGAGACCUCCUCCUUGUAAGUCCUCUCCUCGACACCCUUCUUUACUCUUCACCUCCGUUGUCACUUUGUCUGUCUUAUCCCUCGCUAUCGUCCUCCUCUACAAGGUAGACAACUUCGUCUCCCAGACCAAGACGGUAGUGGGUCACAACUUGGAACCAACGCCCUGGCAUCAAUUCCCGCCCAAGUCGUUCGAUGAAGAAACCCGCCAUGCUCGUGCCUACAAAAUCAUACAGUGUUCUUACCUUACUUGUCGUUACAGAACCGGCGAUACAGUCCCGGAGCGACGUCGUUUCCCAGCGUCAUCUGGGUCGAACCGGACCAAGUGCCCCGAGUUCUUCAGCUCGAUCUAUCGGGAUCUGAAGCCUUGGGCUGCCUCUAAGAUAUCAAAGGCUCAUUUAUUAGAAGCUCAGAACUACGCAGCUUUUCGGGUGCUCGUUGUUGGGGGAAAAUUGUAUGUGGAUUUGUACUAUGCUUGCGUGCAGAGCAGAGCAAUGUUUACUAUUUGGGGUUUGUUGCAGCUUCUUAGGAGAUAUCCUGGGAUGGUGCCUGAUGUGGACAUAAUGUUUGAUUGUAUGGAUAAGCCUACUAUUAAGCGGACGGAACACCAGUCGAUGCCUUUGCCUCUGUUUCGAUAUUGCACAACCAAUGAACAUUUUGACAUCCCUUUCCCUGAUUGGUCUUUCUGGGGUUGGUCAGAGAUUAACAUCCGACCAUGGCAUGAGGAGUUCCCAGAUAUCAAGCGAGGUUCCCAAACUGUACCUUGGAAUAAUAGGCAGCCAUUUGCAUAUUGGAAAGGAAACCCAGAUGUUGGCUCUCCUGUUCGUAUGGCAUUACUAGAAUGUAAUGAUACUGCAAUGUGGGGAGCGCAAAUUUUGCGUCAGAAUUGGAGUGAACAAGCUAAAACUGGUUUUAAGGAGUCAAAGCUUUCAAGUCAGUGUAAUCAUAAGUACAAGAUCUAUGCUGAAGGAUAUGCAUGGUCAGUGAGCCUGAAAUAUAUCCUUGCGUGUGGUUCUGUUGCACUAAUGAUAUCACCGCAGUAUCAAGAUUUUUUCACCCGCGGUCUUAUUCCACAAAACAACUUCUGGCUAGUUGAUGCUUUUGAUUUAUGUCCCUCUAUAAAGCGUGCUGUUGACUGGGGCAAUGGCCACCCAGCUGAGGCUGAGGCUUUAGGCAAAAGAGGGCAACAAUUAAUGGAAUCUCUGAACAUGGAUAGAGUUUAUGAUUACAUGUUUCAUCUUAUUUCUGAAUAUGCAAAACUGCAAGACUUCACACCUACGCUGCCUUCAUCAGCCAUGGAAGUUUGUCCGGAGUCCGUGCUGUGCUAUGCCGAUGACAAGCAAACACCAUUCCUCAAAAGAUCAACUGUCUUCCCUUCACAAUCUCCUCCCUGUACUCUUCCACCUCCCAAGACUGAUCAUCCAUAGUGUAAGCUUGAAAGCCCCUAACCUUUUUCAGAAAUGGGGGAAAACAGCUGCCAGUUUCAGAGAAAUAGAUAUGUUACAGUUCCUUAACACUUAUACAAUCAUGCAUUAGAUCUGUAGAAGGUCUGGAUGAUAUUUUGCGAGAGUCUAGUACUUGGAUAGUUGAUCUCAUUUGACUCGCCACCAUAUUGAAUGUAAACUCACACGUGAUUAUCUCUUUGAAAUUUAUACCUUUUUAAAGAAAUUUAGAAGAUCAAAAUUACUGGAAAGGAGAUUUAGAACAUCAAAGAGGAUGAAAUCACUGUGGACUUGUUUUGUGCUGAUGUGGAAGAAGUAAACUGAGCCUUAAAUUUUGUUAAA